CUUACCCAUGGUGAGAGGAGAAUCCUGCGAAAGAACUGAGCGAUGAACGCUUUGUGAAUCCUUGUAAUUUAUUUAGACUCAGAAAAGGGAUUUUCCAUAAUUGCUAGGGACUAUCCUAGCAGGGAAAGUUACGGUUGGAGUUUUGACUCGCCGUUUUAUUUUGUUAGAUGAGUUUUAGUGAUUUUAAUACUGGCAAUUUGGCCAGCGAACAGUGCUCUAAGAAGAACUGUAGUCAAAAGUGUUUACGAUCGACUUCCAAGUCGCGAACCAUGCCCGCAUGGUUAAUUCUUAGUGUAUUUGUGAUUCUUGCUUCGAGUUUAUCACAGAGCGCAUAUGCGCAAGAUAAUGUUCCGUAUAGAUGUGGAGUAGAUUGUCAAAAUAGGCAGGGGGGAUGUAAAUGUAUAGGAGAAAAAGGAUCACGGGGUAGUUUUGGCCCAGUGGGUCCCCCAGGUCCUCCUGGUAAACAAGGCUUUCAGGGUCCAGAGGGAUUAUUAGGUCCUAAAGGAGAACCAGGUGAAACUGGACCUGUAGGUGGUCGAGGUGACAAGGGAGCUCGGGGUAAAAUGGGAUCCCCUGGAUUCCCUGGUAUCAAUGGCAUUCCUGGUAUUCCUGGUCCUGCUGGUCCACGAGGCAUGACUGGUUUAGAUGGUUGUAACGGCACACAGGGAGAACCUGGUUUUCCUGGUAAUUCUGGUUUACCUGGUUUAGAAGGUCCACCUGGUAUCCCUGGUCCUAAAGGUCAGAAAGGUGAAUCUGCACGUGAUGGUAUUGCUAUAAAAGGACAAAAGGGACAGCCUGGAGCAAAUGGAUUACCUGGUAUAUCUGGAUCACCAGGAGCUGAUGGCCCAGUUGGUCCACCUGGAAUGAAAGGUGAUAUUGGACCUAGGGGUCCACCUGGUCUGUAUGGAGAGAAGGGAGAGAAGGGUAACAUGGGUGUUGGUUUUACUGGUCCAAAGGGAGACAGAGGUGAGAAAGGUCCAGCUGGUCCACCAGGUGGACCUGCUGUACGACCUUAUGUUUUACCACCAGGCUCAACUACUGGACCUAAAGGAGAUCGUGGUAUGAAGGGUAUGAAGGGUGAACCUGGACCUGAUGGUCCACCUGGUUAUGAUGGUCCUCCUGGCUUACAGGGAUUACCUGGUCCAUCUGGUAUGAAAGGAGAAAAGGGUGUACCUGGUAUUGCUGGUCCAAGAGGUAAACAAGGUUUCCCUGGGUUACCUGGUCAACCAGGACCUAAAGGAGAUACAGGUAUGGAUGGUGUUCCUGGUUUACCUGGUUUAUUUGGUAUGAAAGGUGAUCGUGGUUUACCUGGUUUAGAUGGUUUACCUGGUGUUCGUGGUCCACCUGGUCCUGCUGGCGGUAAAGGUGGUGAUGGUCCUCCUGGACCAGCUGGUCUUCCUGGUCUUCCUGGUAGAGAUGGUUUUCCUGGUAAUGAUGGUUUACCUGGUCCACAAGGUCCUCGUGGUCCCAAUGGGUUACCCGGCGGCCCUGGAUUACCUGGUGCUCCUGGUAGACAAGGUUUAGAUGGUCCAAAGGGUGAAAAGGGUGACUUUGGUCCCCCAGGUAUUGAGGGUCUUGAUGGUAGGGCUGGUUUACCUGGACGCUCUGGGAACAAAGGUGAAAUGGGUCCCAAGGGAGAGCCAGGUUUAUCCAUUCCUGGACCACGGGGUGACAAUGGUUUGCCUGGUUUAGAUGGUUUACCUGGUAUAAAAGGAGAGAUGGGUCUGAAAGGUUUACCCGGUCCAGCUGGAAAUUCAACAAAAGGUUUACCUGGUCCAGCUGGUCCUAAAGGAGAACCAGGUCCAGCAGGUUUUGAUGGUCGUCCUGGUCGUGACGGAACACCAGGUUUCCCAGGAGACAAGGGUGAUAGAGGAGGAUCAUGCGAAUCAUGUCGACCUGGUGUUAAAGGAGAGAAGGGUUCAAGUGGAUUAGAUGGAUUACCAGGACUACCUGGACAGCGAGGACUAGAUGGUCCAGCAGGAUUUAAGGGCGAACCUGGUGAAGAUGGUCCAACUGGUUUACCUGGUAUUCCCGGUCCUUCUGGUGAGUCUGGUUUACCUGGUUUCCCUGGUGACAAGGGUCAGAAGGGAGAAGCUGCUACUGCUGAAGUGCUUCCAGGACCAGAAGGUUUGAAGGGAGAUCGAGGUGAUAAUGGAUUAACUGGUGAAGGAGGACGACGUGGUCUCCCUGGUCCACAAGGUCCUCCUGGACAGUCUGGUCUCCCUGGCCUUAAGGGAGAAAAGGGUGAAAAGAGUUUGCCUGGUUUAGACGGUUUACCAGGUCGUCCUGGUGAACCUGGUAUUCCCGGUUUAAGGGGUGAUCCUGGUAUUGGUAUUCCGGGUGCUCCAGGCGAGAGAGGUGAUCCUGGUAUGAAUGGUUUACCUGGUUUACCUGGUCUAAUGGGUGUAAAGGGAGAUCCUGGUAUUGUGCCAAUUGAUAUAACUAAAUUGAAAGGAGAACGGGGAGAACCUGGUCCUGCUGGUAUUCCUGGUUUCCCUGGAGAAAGUGGUUUACCUGGUCUUGAUGGAGAAAAAGGAAAUCCUGGUCGUGAUGGAUUACCUGGUUUACCUGGACUAAAGGGAAUACCUGGGGAGAAUGGUUUACCUGGUAUGCCAGGUCCAAGAGGAUUACCUGGACAGAGAGGUAAUGAAGGUUUACCUGGAUUACCUGGUGCUGCUGGUUUAUCUGGACCAAAGGGAGAUAGUGGUCUGCCUGGUUUACCUGGUCUUCCUGGAUCGAAAGGAGAUAGUGGUCUACCUGGUGAAGCUUUGGUUGGACCAAAAGGACAGUCUGGAUUACCUGGUCUACCUGGUGAUCGUGGUCUACCUGGUUUACCAGGACCUGAAGGACCCUCUGGAUUACCUGGGUUACCUGGCCCAAAGGGAGAUGCUGGAAUACCUGGACAACCUGGUUUCGAUGGAUUACCUGGUAUGAAAGGAAAUGUUGGCCCUGAAGGGCCUGCUGGAUUACCUGGUCUUGAUGGACAGCCUGGUCUGCCUGGAAUACCUGGUCAAGCUGGAUUUAAGGGAGAGGCUGGAUUACCUGGACUACCAGGAUUAGAUGGACAAAAAGGAGACGCUGGAUUACCUGGUCUUGAUGGACAACCUGGUCUACCAGGACUUGAUGGACCUCGUGGCCAAAAUGGAUUACCAGGACAAGAUGGUCUUCCAGGAUUACCAGGUAUAAAGGGAGAACAGGGACCUAUGGGAUUUAAUGGAGAGCCUGGACGAGAUGGUCUACCAGGUCUACAAGGUUUACCAGGUUUGAAGGGAGAUCGUGGUUUACCAGGCUUACCAGGAGAUAGUGGUUUACCUGGUCGACAAGGCAUUCCCGGUGAGGAUGGUUUACCCGGAUUACCUGGAAGGGAAGGAGAGAGUGGAUUACCUGGUUUACCAGGAUUGAAAGGUGACCGUGGUGAUAGUGGAUUACCAGGAUUAAGUGGAGAACCAGGAUUGCCAGGAUUACCUGGAUUACAAGGUCCUAAAGGAGACCGAGGUAACGAUGGCUAUGGAACACCAGGUGCUGAAGGCAUGCCUGGACUGCCCGGACGAGAUGGAGAGCCUGGUCGAGCUGGUCUACAAGGGCCUAAAGGAAAUGCAGGUUUACCAGGAUUCCCUGGUUUACAAGGACCAAAGGGUAAUUCUGGUUUACCAGGAUCACCUGGUCUGCCUGGUUUAGAUGGAUUAUCAGGACCUAAAGGAAAUGCUGGAUUACCUGGAUUACCUGGUACCCCUGGUCUCAAGGGUCAAUCUGGUUUACCCGGUUUAGAUGGUCUACCUGGUCAAAAGGGUGACACUGGACUUGAUGGUAGACCGGGUUUACCUGGUUUAUCUGGACCCAAAGGUUCUCCCGGACUACCUGGAUUAGACGGAGAACCUGGACGACCUGGCUUACCUGGUGAUAGAGGUAAUGAUGGACAACCUGGUCUACAAGGUUUACCUGGUCUUAAAGGAGAAAGUGGUUUACCUGGACAACCCGGUUUAUCUGGAGAGAAAGGUAAUCCUGGAUUACCUGGUUUAGAUGGUUUACCUGGUCCUGCUGGUCCUAAAGGAGAUCGAGGUCUUCCCGGUCAAGACGGACUUCCCGGUACCCCUGGAAGAUCAAGUGUUGGACCUAAAGGAGAACCUGGUUUACCUGGACGUCAAGGUUUAGAUGGAUUACCAGGACAGAAAGGAAAUUCUGGUCUACCUGGUUUGGAUGGUUUGCCCGGUAUGAAGGGAAAUGAUGGUCUACCUGGUAUUGGUCGAGAUGGUCCCAAAGGAGAAAGUGGUAUACCAGGCCGACCAGGUCUACAAGGUCAACGAGGUGUACCUGGAGAAGAUGGUUUACCAGGAUUACCAGGUCUUAAAGGUGAUCGAGGUGAUGUUGGUCUAACUGGAGAGUCUGGACGUAGUGGACUACCUGGUAUACAGGGACCUAAAGGACAACCUGGUCUACCUGGACAGUUUGGUUUACCAGGUGAGAAAGGAGACAGUGGCUUCCCCGGACAACCAGGACGUGAUGGAAACCCAGGAUUACCUGGAUUAGAUGGAUUACCAGGAAUUAAAGGAGACCGAGGUUUCCCUGGUUUAGAUGGUCCUAAGGGAGAACGUGGUCAGCCUGCCAGUGUCCAAAUUGUACAGUUACCUAAAGGAGAUCCCGGUCUUGAUGGUCUGCCUGGUACACCAGGUUUGAUGGGACGAGAUGGACUGAAGGGAGAACCAGGAUUACCGGGAUUACCUGGAUUAGAUGGCCCAACAGGUGAAAAUGGUCUACCAGGUUUCCCUGGUGAGAAGGGUGAUAUGGGAGAUCGUGGUAAUGAUGGUUUACCAGGUUUAGAUGGAGCACCAGGUCGUCGUGGUAAUGAUGGACUACCUGGAGAACGUGGUUUACCAGGUGUAACACCACCAACAGGAUAUUUAUAUGUACGUCACAGUCAAUCUACAGAUAUACCAAGAUGUCCUAAUAAUCAGAAUCAGUUAUGGAAUGGUUACAGUUUGCUGUAUAUAGAAGGAAAUGAAAAAUCACAUCACCAAGAUUUAGGUUGGGCUGGUUCAUGUAUGCAGAGAUUUAGCACCAUGCCAUUCCUUUUCUGUAAUACUAACGAAGUAUGUAAUUAUGCUAGUAGAAACGAUCGUUCCUAUUGGUUGUCUACAAAUGCUCCUAUACCCAUGAUGCCUUUAGUAGAGCGUGAAAUUCAACCAUAUAUUAGUAGAUGUGUAGUCUGUGAUGCUCCAACCAAUAUUAUCGCCGUACACAGUCAAACAUUACAGAUACCUGAAUGUCCACGAAACUGGAUUUCAAUGUGGAUAGGUUACAGUUUUGCUAUGCACACUGCCGCUGGUCCAGGAGGCGGUGGUCAAUCAUUAUCCAGCCCUGGUAGCUGUCUGGAAGAUUUCAGGGCCACACCGUUUAUUGAAUGUAAUGGAGCUAGAGGUACCUGUCAUUUCUUUGCCAAUAAAUAUAGUUUCUGGCUCACUACUAUAGAACAGGAUCAACAAUUUAGUCAGCCCCGGUCUCAAACAUUGAAGGCUGGUAACCUUCGAACCCGAGUUAGUCGAUGUCAAGUUUGUAUGAAAAGCGUGUGAAGUUAUUUGGUCUCUUUGUAGUAUUUGUACAACUUUUUGUAGUAUUAUUUUUUUGGGAAAAAAAAACUGCCAUGUUUUUGUAUAGAAGCAACAUUAUGUGAUGUUUUGUUUUUAUUAUGGAAAUCCAUUUCGAUGUCUAUAAUUUUAUUGUUGAUGAAAAGGUGGACCAUUUGGUUGCCUUGGUAAUCUAUGUUCUAUGGUGCUGUAAGUAAGUCAAAUGUGCACGAGUACAUUACAAUGCUCAAAGGAUUAUUAUAUUUUAUGGUAGUAUUCCUACACAUGUCCACUCAUAGUUAGGGUAUUAGAAAACAGAGGCUUUUUUUGUUAACUCAAGUUAUAUAUUGUUUAUGUACUGGGAUAAAGGAAUAAAUAGUAAAUAUAAAGGAGAAUAAAAUCAAAAGGUUUGAAAUUUUGUUAAAACUGAAUAUGGUUAUAAAUAGAAAUGGAUAUAUAGAUUGGCCCGGAUAUGCUAUAUAUAAUAACAGACGUAUAAAUUGCCCUGCCUCUGUUUUCUAAAUAUAGUAACUAUGAGUGAUUGGAUUGACUGGAAACGUACAUCUGUGAUUAAUAUAACUCACUGCCAUCCACUAUGAUCCCAGUUCAUCCAAUAUGUCCCAAACAUUUUGAACAGUAUGUUAGUGUAUAAGUGUCACAUGAUGGCACUGCUGUAGAGCCCAUGUAAGAUGAUGGCAGAGAAUGUUUCAAGAUGUUAAUGACAUAUUGGAAUACAAAAUGUUAUAUAAGUGAUUUUCUAGUCAAGACAACUAAUUGUAUAACUAUAAUUAAUUCUUUGAAAUACUGAUUAAAUUAGAACUUUGAACUUUAUUACCAGCUUUAAGCAAUAUUUUUUUUAACCUCUAUAUAGGUACAAUGUAUUAUUCUUUUAUACAUACGCUAUCAUAUUGUAAUUAUGUAAGUUAAUAGAAAUUAUGUGCAUGUUGUCUCUGUAUCUAGGUGCUAUGUACAUUGUUAUCUUUUCAAUUUCAUGUUAUUCGCUAGAUAAUUUUAAAAGAAAAGAAAAUUUGUGUAGUUUUUAACAAAAAUAUAUAUUAGUUUGUAGUUUAAAUCUUCGAUCCUAAACAUAUUUUUAUCCCAAUGUUUUUAUGUUUCAUUUAUUUUGGACACAAAUUAUAAGGAAAAAUGUCAAAUAUUUUGUAUAGCUAAUGAGAAAGGUGUGAUCUUUCUAAAAAACACAAAUCUGAAAGAUUCAACUAUUUGCACUUGCAAAAUCUCUCUUUUUUAAAGAAAACUGAAAAAAAAACCUUUUUAAAUUUUUAACAUCAAAUUAAAAGCAAGAGUUAAGAUCUCAAUUAUGUCGCCAUACUUCAUAUGUUCUCAUUAUUAUAAUGUAUAUAUAUAUUAUAAUGCAUAGUUAUUGUUUCAAAUUAUGUACAUUAUUAUGAAUCCGGCCAAUAGAUAUGUGUCUUUUAGUUAACAUUGAGAUUAAUGUUCCAAAUUUUAUCUGAAAUUUCCUUCAGGUUUUUUUUAAAGUAAUUUCUUAAUGUGCAAUCUUACUCAUAUUGCAAUAUCUGUAAACAUUGGGUAUUGAACAAAUAAAAAGGUUUUUACAAGA